ACCUUCUCACCAUCUAACAAGCUCCCAGUUGGAAAGCCCAAAAAAUGGAAGACGACGAGGACGAGCCACCGCUCGCCGUCGCGAUCACCGCCACCGUAGAUCAUGUCAUCUCGCAACCGUCCGAUACUUUCCCUCCAGUUGGCGUCACCGUUAUCACUGGCUAUCUGGGUGCGGGAAAAUCCACAUUGGUGAAUCAUAUAUUGAAAACCCAACAUGGGAAGAGGAUAGCAGUGAUAUUGAACGAGUUUGGGGAGGAAAUCGGAGUGGAAAGGGCAAUGAUUAAUGAAGGAGAGGAAGGUGGGCUAGUGGAGGAGUGGGUGGAGCUGGAUAAUGGCUGCAUUUGUUGCACUGUUAAGCACAGUCUGGUUCAAGCAUUGGAGCAGCUUGUUCAAAGAAAAGAAAGACUUGACCAUAUAUUACUGGAAACCACAGGGCUGGCAAACCCUGCUCCUCUUGCAUCUGUUCUUUGGUUGGAUGAUCAGCUCGAGUCAGCUGUUAAGCUCGAUUCUAUCAUCACAGUUAUCGACGCCAAAAACCUUCGUCACCAGCUUAAUUUGCAUCGUGAUUCGUCAUCAUUUCCUGAAGCAUAUUUACAAAUAGCUUUUGCGGAUGUUGUGAUUCUUAACAAAGUCGAUCAAGUUAUGGCAGACGAUUCUGGAAAUAUUUUAGAGGAAUUGGAGAAGGAGAUACGUGAUAUCAAUUCCCUUGCCAGUAUCAUUCGUUCCACACGGUGUCAAGUAGAAUUAUCCAAGAUAUUGGACUGCCAGGCAUAUGAUGCUUCACAUGUUGCUCAUUUGGAAGCACUGCUUGAACAAAACAAAUCCCUUACUACCAGAGAACUUCAUGAUUCUGGUGUGAGAACCUUGUGUAUCUGUGAGCUAAAGAAGAUAGAUCUUGACAAGGUUCGGAUGUGGCUAGAGGAGAUUCUUUGGGAUAAAAAAUAUGGCAUGGAUGUUUAUCGUUGCAAAGGGGUUUUAAGCAUAGUAAACUCUGAUCAACUUCAUACUUUGCAGGCUGUGAGGGAAAUCUACGAGAUUGUUCCAGCUCGCAAAUGGAGAACAGAUGAAAGUCAACUAAACAAAAUAGUGUUCAUAGGUAAGUUGUUAAACGAAGAAGUUCUUUAUGACUCCUUAAGAGCUUGCACUGUCGACAACUAUUAGUUUGGCCAAAUUUCAAAUCAGAGUUUCAAAUCAAAAGUUGAACUACAGAGCAGCAGCAAUAGGGGUCAAAACUGGUUAAACCAUCAAUCCUUGCUUUCAUUGCUUGGCUCAAUUUCAGGAAUAUAGCAUACAGGAUCUUGUAAUCUCUAUAUUAACUUUAUAUGUAGUAGUAUUUCUGCGGCGUGUAAUAUUAUUAUUAUUUUUUUUUUGGCUGAC